AUGAUAGAGAAGUUCGGCUUGGCGUUGCUUAUGGCCAGCAGGAAGCUGAGACCUUAUUUCCUUGCUCAUAGUAUUCUAGUCUAUACUGAUCAACCGUUGAAGCAAGUGUCGCAAAAGAUGGAUGCAUCUAGACGAAUGCUAAAGUGGGCCGUGGAGCUCAAUAUGUUUGAUUUAUCAUUCGAGACCAGAAAAGCAAUUAAGGGGCAAGCAUUAGCAUACUUCAUUGUAGAGAUCACUUGGCCUAUAAUAGAAUCCGUCAAAGAGCCCGCAGAAGGGAAGCGGCAUUGGAUCCUGAUAGCGGGUGGAUCGUCAACGGCCAAUGGUUGUGGAGCUGGUAUCAUCUUACAGUCACCAGAAGGGGACAAGUUUGAGUAUGCUAUGAAAUUUCAGUUCCAGGCUUCGAACAAUGAAGCAGAGUAUGAAGCUCUCUUAGCCGGCAUCAGAAUGUGCAAAGCAGCCGGAGCCCUGGAAAUUGAGGCAAAGACAGACUCCCUGCUGGUGGUCAGUCAAGUCAAUGGGGAGUUUGAAUGCAAAGAAGCAUCUAUUAGUAAGUACAUGAAUUUGAUCAAAGAAGAAAUAAAGUCAUUAAAGCGGUUUGUGCUUGACCAAGUACCCAGGUCGGAAAAUCAUCAAGCAGAUGCCCUUUCCAAGCUAGCCAGUUUGGCUGAAGGAGAUAUGCCAAGAACUGUGUUAUGGGAGGUCAAGUCGACCAAGAGCAUUGAUUCCAAGGAGGUCCUGUUUCUCAGCCGGGAAAACGAAUGGAUGAGCCCCAUCAUUGACUAUAAGAAAACAUGUCGGCUGCCUCUUGAUCCCUUAGAGGCUAAGUAUGUAAAGGCUAGGGACAAGUGGUUUGAGUUGUGGAAUGAAACUCUGUACAAGAAAUCCUUCAACCGGCCUCUUCUCAAAUGUAUCACUAGAAAAGACGGGAUGGAAGUCCUGAAAGAGCUCCAUGAGGGAGCUUGUGCCUCCCACAUUGGGGGAAGGGCAUUAGGAGAAAAUGCUUUAAGGACCGGCUACUUUUGGCCGACUCUGAAGGAGGACGCUUUGCUUUAUGCAAAGAAAUGUGAUAGUUGUCAAAGGCAUGGCAACAUCUAUCAGAAGUCGUCCAACUACUUAACUCCAGUGCUUUUUCCUCUUCCCUUUGCCAAAUGGGGAAUGGAUAUUCUUGGCCCUUUUCCUAUAGCAGCCGGCCAGAAAAAGUUUGUUGUAGUAGCCGUCGACUACUUCACAAAAUGGGUGGAAGCUGAAGCUAUGAGAGGAAUUACCACCAAUGACGUCAAAUAA